AUGGCCUCCUUGAAAGUUAUCGAUCUAUUCAACGUGAAAGGUAGGGUGGCCGUGGUCACAGGGGGAAGCAGUGGGUUAGGGCUUAUGAUUUGCAAGGUUGGCUCUCUCCAUGAGGGACUAGUUUCAAAUGGUGCCAAAGUCUACGUGGUUGCUCUUUCAACAGAUCCAGUCACGGAGACGGUCGACGCAUUGAACGAUCUGGGAAAAGAAUCCGGAGGUCAUGCAGAAGGCUUUCCUUGUGAUCUUUCGUCGAAGGAAUCAAUUUCUGAACUUGCCGAAACAAUAGCACAGAAAGAAAAGACCGUUGAUAUGCUCAUCUCAAACGCAGGCGUUCGCCGCGAUCCACCGACAGCUUGCAAUGUGCUGACUGCACCUCUCGCUGAGCUUCAAGCCUCAAUGUGGUCCAUUGAAGAGUCUGAUUGGGUGAGCACAUUCAAAGUGAAUACCACUGCCCACUACUAUCUAAGCAUCGCUUUUCUACCUCUGCUUGCGGCUGCAGCCGACCAACAACUGGGUGAUAGCACCAAAGGCCGCGAUGAAGGAAGAGGUGUGAUAGUCAUUACAAGCUCCUGUGCAAGCAUGCACAAUGUCACGAAUGUGGACUUGACCAGCUAUGCAACGAGCAAAGCUGCCACCGAUCAUCUCGUCAAGUUACUCGCCGCAAAAUAUAAUCGAUUUUACGUGCGUGUGAUAGGAAUUAAUCCCGGAUUUAUUCCGAGUAACAUGAAUCCUGUGGGCGCGGAGGGAAAUAUCUUCAGCUCUUUGUUUGACAAGGUCCCUGCAAAGCGCGCGGGAAACCCUGAGGAUAUGGCCGGUACAAUUUUGUAUCUUGUUACCAAGGCAGGGUCUUAUGUAGACGGGGUGUCACUCUGUGUUGAUGGUGGUCGGAUUCUUUUGGCAAACGGCCAGGAAUAG